UUAAAAUUUGUUUCUGCAGCUCCAAAACCACAAGGCGGCCUCCCCACCCUCAGUUAACGCGGGUCAUCGAAACCUUGUCGACAGCACAAUGCGUACCGCCGCCACCGUCCCCGCCCACAGCUCGUUUCAGCAGCGUGGCGAUGUGGCGACCAAGUGGCCUGUCCUGCAGGCCGCUGCGGAGAUGGCUCACGCAUCGCCGGGGCCAUCGAUGGCUCCUUCGGUCUGGGCGCCUGCGCCUAUGCAAGACGCGCCUGUGCGAGACGGCGCCCAAUCCAUCAUCCGAACGCUGAAGGAGUCCGACACUGGAGCCAUCACGCGCGCGUCGGUGUGCUUUGGCCGGUCGAUGCGGACCGACCCCACCAUGACCUACGUCACCGGGGGCCGCUGCCCGGAGCGCGUGGGGGCGCUGUUCGAGCAGGUGGCAGCCAUGUGCAUGCGCGGUGCCCGCGACCCCGCCACCAUCUGGCUGCUGGAGACGCCCCGCAGCGGCGGCGACAGCGACAGCGCGGACGUGGUGUGCAUCGCAAGCGAGUACCCGGCCGCCUACCCCAGCGACUGGGAGCUGCUGCGCGCCGGGCUGCUGCGUGUGCUGCUGGCCUGCCCGGGCUGGGGCGUGGUGCGCGCGCUGAUGAGCCUGAUGAGCCAGUUCAGCACCCCUAAGGCGCACUUCAACAAGGAGCACGGCGAUUUCCUGUACAUCUGGUGCUUUGGCACUGCCCCGGAGCAGCAGGGCCGCGGGCUGGGCUCACAGCUGAUGCGGCGGGUGCUGCAGCACGCAGACGCAAAAUACCUGCCCGUCUACCUCGAGGCCAGUGGCGCCGCGUCGGCGGCCUUCUACCGCCGCCACGGAUUCCUGGAUAUCAAGCAGGUCCGGGCCAGCCCCGGCGCCCCAGAACUCUAUAUCAUGGCCCGGCCUCGCGCCUCGCAGCUGCAGCAGCAGGCCCAGCAGCAGGGCCAGCAGUAGAGUACGUUAGUGCCCAAGUGGGGAGAAAGCAGGAACAGCAGACAGGUUCGAUACCGUGUCGCAGGAUGCAGCGGAGGGGAGUCGUCAUGUUGCGGGUGUCAUAAUGUCACGAGAAGCGAAUGAAGGUCAAGCGAGACGUGCUGUGCGGAGUUUCAAGAAGCAGCGCCACGCAGUGUACCGUUGUAGAAGAUAGGUAUUGAUACUGCCCCCGCGGCCUGAUCCAUCACACUGCAUGAUAGCAUCAUGGACUCAUGCAUGUAUGAUGACACACGAGUGGGUGUGUACACAGCAUGGCGUGACAGUAGAUAGGGCGUGACAGUAGAUAGGGCGCUGCGGAAACAGGCUCUGGCCCGGGCCGAGUGGAGGUGGCCAGCAGGGCCAUCGCUUUCCACUACAGCCUCGCCGGUCUGGCCAGCCCCACGGCCCCACGGCAUCAGAGGGCUGCGCCAACAUACUCGGCAACGCGUCCUCACCUCCGGUUGUGUUGUUGGCGUGCGUGUUUGUGGGCCGGGAGUACAGCCAUCACAACCGGAACUUGCUUCUGAUCACCCUCUGCUCUUGCUUGUACUAGGAAUUCGGAGGCAUUGAGGCAUGGCAUCAGAAGCUCGUGUGUGGGGGAAUUCGAAUUUGGUGGUUCUGCACCUUACUGGUUUACCGGACAAGAGAAGUAGUGGACUGGCAAUGCUGCACGUAUGUCUGGGUAUGUGACUUGCAAAACUGCGUGUUGCUGUGUGGAGUUACCAGAGGCUGCUGUGUGCUUGUCGGACUUCUCCCUUGCGAGGGAACACCCUUGUCGGCGCAAGCAGGCAGUGUCAGUGUCAGUCCGGGUCCUUUGCUCCUGGAACAUGGAGCCAGAGGCAUCUAUCACCGGCAUAGCAUGUACUAGUGUUCGUAAGAUCUUGUGCAUGGGUUAAACACAUGGACACGUUGCGUGCUUCAUCCAAUCGCCCGUUAUUGACGAGUGUUGCGGAACUAAUGCGUACGUAGACCAGAGCGGAAGGCGGAGUGGGCUUGCAGGCGGCACCAGAGUAGGCAGUUCCUAAUAGUUCCUGACUGGCGCACAGCGUGGGCGCACACAUACGCCCCGCUUUGUAACCGUUUUGUGCC